AAAGAUGAUAAGCUAAAGGUAUGAAAAGCCAAAAUAUAGAAUGUACAAACGGUCGACCCAACCCUAGAAGAUAAAAUCUCAAAGUCACAGGAAGAUUGGAGCUCUAAAUCGAAAACACUGAGCUAAAGAUGCCGCUUUUCGCGUCUCAAACCGUUCUCCACAGCUCGCAUCAACCUCCCUCGCUCCUCUACCCCUCAAAUCCUCUUCGAAGUUACAGUUCCAUUCCCCAAACCCUAAACCUAACCCUAAAAAAGAAGACAAAGCUCCAUGUGAGCAGCCGCCGCUCGGACUAUUUCGAGCAGCAGAGGGUCGCCCCUCGUGCGCCGGAGGAACGCUCCUUCACGGCUCAGUCUCCCGGAACUCAGCCUACUAGGGUUUACGCGGGUUACUCUAUCUACAAGGGAAAGGCUGCUCUAUCACUGGAGCCAAAGUCGCCUGAGUUCGCCCCUUUAGAUUCUGGGGCUUUCAAGGUGUCAAAGGAGGGUUUUGUUCUUCUCCAGUUUGCACCCGCAGUUGGGACAAGGCAAUAUGAUUGGAACCGGAAGCAGGUUUUCUCCUUAUCUGUCGGUGAGAUUGGAACACUGAUGGGUCUUGGUGCAAAGGAUGCUUGUGAGUUCUUUCAUGAUCCCUUUAAAGGGAAAAGUGAAGAAGGCAAAAUCAGAAAGUUAUUAAAAGUGGAACCUCUUCCGGAUGGCACUGGUCAUUUCUUUAAUCUCAAUGUUCAGAACCGUCUCCUGAAUGCUGAUGAAAGCAUCUACAUCCCUAUUGCGAGAGCUGAACUGAUCGUGAUGAACUCAGCUUUCAGUUUUAUACUGCCAUACCUGUUGGGCUGGCAUGCCUUCGCAGAUACCAUUAAACCGGACGACAGUAUCAGAUCUAACCUCACAAGCUCAAGAUCAGGGCCUGAACUGGAGUGGGGAAGAUAGAACUAUUUUCCU